GAGAAAAUAUCGAGCAAAAAGUUCAAAAACAAAAUUCGAGAGAGAAGCAGAAAAAUUCGGAGAAUCGGAGGAAGAAGAUGAAAUGUCGUUGGAGAAGAAGAACAAUGUCAAUGGCGCCAUUUUCUCUCGUCUUCUCCUCUUUUCCCGGAAUUUCACUUUCUCACAGUCAAUCGCCAAUUCAUCGCCUCCUCCAUCUCUGAUUGAGAAACAUUUUUGGUUGAAAUUGAGUUAAAGAGAAGAGAUGGCUUCAGUACAAGAUAUUGGUCUAUCUGCAGCUAUCAAUCUUUUAUCUGCAUUUGCUUUCUUGUUUGCAUUUGCUAUGCUUAGACUUCAGCCUGUUAACGAUAGAGUUUACUUCCCUAAAUGGUAUCUCAAAGGGAUACGAGGAAGUCCAACGCGUUCUAGAGGAAUCAUGACUAGAUUUGUUAAUUUAGAUUGGACUACUUAUGUCAAGUUUCUUAAUUGGAUGCCUGCAGCGCUUAAAAUGCCUGAACCCGAGCUUAUCGAACAUGCAGGGCUCGAUUCUGCUGUAUAUAUCCGCAUUUACCUUCUCGGAUUGAAAAUGUUCGUCCCGAUAACACUACUUGCUUUUGGAGUUUUGGUUCCUGUCAAUUGGACAGGAGAAACGCUAGAAAAUAUCGAUGACUUGACAUUCAGUAACGUCGACAAGCUGUCAAUAUCGAAUGUUCCACCAGGAUCGCCAAGGUUUUGGGCUCAUAUAACUAUGACAUACGUGUUUACACUCUGGACUUGCUACAUAUUAUACAUGGAAUAUAAGACUGUGGCUAAUAUGAGAUUGAGACAUCUAGCAGCAGAAAGUCGUCGUCCUGAUCAACUCACGGUACUCGUGAGAAAUGUUCCUCCAGAUCCUGAUGAAUCAGUAAACGAGCAUGUGGAGCACUUCUUUUGUGUAAAUCAUCCAGAUCAUUAUCUUUGUCAUCAGGUAGUGUACAAUGCAAAUGACCUUGCAAAAUUAGUCGCACAGAGAAAAGCUAUGCAAAAUUGGUUGACUUACUACGAGAAUAAAUUUGAGAGGAAGCCAUCAAGUAGGCCAACAACAAAGACAGGUUAUGGAGGUUUUUGGGGAACUACAGUUGAUGCGAUUGACUUCUAUACUUCAAAGAUGGAUAUUUUGGCUCGGCAAGAGGCUGUCGAAAGAGAAAAGAUCAUGAACGAUCCUAAGUCUAUCAUGCCGGCAGCAUUCGUUUCCUUCAGAUCACGGUGGGGAACAGCUGUUUGUGCUCAAACGCAGCAAUGCCACAAUCCCACAAUAUGGUUGACGGAAUGGGCUCCCGAACCACGCGAUGUUUUCUGGGAUAAUCUCGCUAUUCCAUAUGUUGAGCUCUCAAUAAGAAGAUUGCUCACAACAGUUGCACUGUUUUUUCUUAUUUUCUGCUUCAUGAUUCCUAUAGCAUUUGUUCAGUCUCUUGCAAACCUUGAAGGGAUCCAAAAAGUUCUCCCUUUCUUAAAGCCUGUAAUAGAAAUGAAGACUGUAAAGUCUGUAAUCCAAGGGUUUCUUCCAGGAAUAGCGUUAAAGAUUUUUCUCAUCAUACUUCCGACUAUUCUGAUGACAAUGUCACAAAUUGAAGGAUAUACAUCGCUGUCCUAUUUAGAUAGAAGAUCAGCUGAAAAGUAUUUCUGGUUCAUUAUUGUCAAUGUCUUUCUUGGAAGCAUCAUUACCGGGACAGCAUUUCAGCAGCUUAAAUCUUUCCUCGAGCAACCACCAACCGAGAUCCCGAAAACAGUUGGUGUGUCAAUCCCAAUGAAGGCCACAUUUUUCAUCACUUAUAUCAUGGUGGAUGGUUGGGCUGGCAUUGCAGCUGAGAUACUCAGAGUGGUUCCAUUAGUCAUUUUUCAUCUGAAAAACACGUUUUUGGUUAAGACAGAACAAGACAGGCAGCAAGCAAUGGAUCCAGGACAUCUGGACUUUGCAACAUCUGAACCACGGAUUCAGUUCUAUUUCUUGCUAGGCCUUGUAUACGCUGCUGUUGCGCCAAUUCUUCUUCCAUUUAUUAUCGUCUUCUUUGCUUUCGCCUACGUUGUUUUCCGACAUCAGGUUAUAAAUGUCUACGACCAGAAAUAUGAGAGUGGGGCUAGAUACUGGCCAGACGUGCAUAGACGUUUGAUCAUAUGUUUAAUAAUAUCACAGCUUCUGAUGAUGGGUUUGCUCAGCACAAAGAAAUUUGCAAAAGUAACAGCUCUGCUUCUCCCUCAGCCUAUCUUAACCUUUUGGUUUUACAGAUACUGCGCAGGACGGUUUGAAUCGGCCUUCUCAAAAUUUCCCUUACAGGAAGCAAUGGUGAAGGAUACACUAGAAAAAGCGACUGAACCGAAUCUAAACCUCAAGGAAUAUCUGAAAGAGGCUUACGUGCAUCCGGUUUUCAAAGGCAAUGAUUUUGACCGACCACGAGCAGUCGAUGAGGAGGAAAGCAAUCCUCUUGUACGGACCAAGAGGACUUCUCAAGGUACGACCCGAUACAACUCAGAAGCUAGUAGCUCUGCUACAGCCACUCCUGUAGCCAACACUGGCUCUCCUAGGUUAAUGUAGCGCGCACGCUGUCUUACUGAGAUGUUGUAACGGUUUCAUGCUGUUGUAAGUGUCAUUGUUGUAGAUGUUGUUGGGGUAAAUUAAUUGGGUCCUUUGGAUAUGUAAUUGUUCACGACUUGCUCUUGGUCUGUGUAUUAUUUAGUUAAAGCUUUGUCAAAGGUUCUAAAUUUUUCCAAAAAUACCAUUAUCAGUUUUA